AUGACUGGCACGAACCCAGCCACCUCGAUACUCGAGCUUCUCACCUACCCGAACCCGACCGUCUCGCAUCGCCCACCGAAACGAAAGACGAAUUCGCGCAAUCAAAAGUGGCACGCCCCGAAACAGAUUAAGAAAUGGGACGAGUUUCACGACUUCAACGUCUUCAGGGCGUCGUUCGGAGGCCGCCUGCUGGAAGAAGCUCGCCGGGAGGGUAGACACUUCGCUGCUUAUCCCGACAUCGACUAUGAAACGAAUUGUAUUGAGCGAAAUGAAGACGACACCAGAGAAUUGUACGCCGUGUGGAAUAAGAAGAUCGUCACCGCGGCUCUCCGUCCAAUCCGCCAAGAAUUCCACUCGGCUAUAUGGUCCAAAGGGGAUCCCCCAUCAGAAGAUGAGCUUUCAGAGCCUCCCCCAAGGCCUGAAAAACAGCGCCAACAGCCUCCCAGAAAAUGUUCGAUCGGGGCAAGAACGCCACAAAUGCAAUCACUUCAGGGGCUACGGCCAGACUCGGGCACGGCAUUGCGGAAUACUAGCCCUACUGACGGCGACCCCGACCCUGCUACCUACCGGCUUGAAAGGUUUCCGAAAGAGUAUAAGCCAGCCGAGAAGUGGAAGAGCAAGUGGAUGGCUCAAGUACCCCUUAUCAAUGAGUCUGGAGAGUGGGAGCGAGGACGGUUGAGUCACGACUUGGCUUGGCCUAUCAAGCAAGCGUACACCUAUUGCAUACAGAACAUGUGUCGCUACGGUUGCAUUCUUACUUGCCAUGAGGCUUUCAUCUUCCGUGUCAGACCCCGGAGCAUAAAGUCCGUUGAUGGGCCCCAAGAGACGUCGGUACUGAAGAGACAACUGAUUCGAGACGGACUCAUGGAGUACAUCUCCAUUCCUUGGGCGAAUCAUCGCCAGGGGGACUUGGAAAGCCACGAAACAUGGACUAUAAACCUUGCUCUAUGGUUUAUGCACAUUUUGGUCGGGAACAAGUACGAAGUGUGUUGGCGAUAUGAUCGGUUACUAGAUGAGACUUUGGCUGCCCUGAGGCCCUCACAGGAUGAACCUCUCACACAUGAAGACCAAGAUGAGGAUGAGGACGAUGACGAGUCGAGUGACUCUGAUGCCUCGGACGAGACUGUGCCGUUUGAUGAGAGCCUCUUUACCCCUUUGAGGAAGCGCAAAAGAGAUGAAGAUGUGGAAGAAGGAAUCAAUCAUUCUUUUUCGAAGCGCCAGUUCCUUCAGACUUAG